AUGCGUGGUCAUUGCCUAAAACUGCUGACUAGAAAGUAUUCAAGCUAUCCCUUGAAUACCAGCAUUUCUCGCCCCAAAACUAUAGCAGAUCUCUACGCCAAGUAUAAUGCACAACAACCUAUAACAAUGGUCACGGCGUACGACUUUGUAACCGCCAAUUGGGCUCAAGCAGCUGAGUGCGAUGUCAUUCUAGUCGGGGACUCACUGGCAACGUGUGCAUUGGGUUACGAGUCUACCAAUCAGAUCGGACUUGAGGAGUUCCGUUAUCACGUUCAGGCUGUGUGCAGAUCGCCCGGUCCGGCCUUCGUCAUGGUGGAUAUGCCAUUUGGAAGUUUUGAGUCCAGCAUUCAACAGGGCGUUGAGACAGCAAUUGCAUUUAUGAAAGGCUCACCACGAGUGGGAGCCGUCAAAAUAGAGGUGGGAAGUGCCUCGAGUGCUUUUCAAGAACAGGAUUAUUCAUUGAAAUUAGCGGCAGAAUUGUGUUCUCGAGGAAUCCCAGUCAUGGGCCAUGUAGGGCUUACACCACAACGGGCACAUUCUCUGAGUGGCUUUAAAGUCCAAGGAAGCAAAUCAGCAGAAGACGCGGCUGCUAUCUACCAUACUGCUCAGCAAUUGCAAAAUGUUGGCUGCUUCUCAGUUCUUCUCGAGUGCGUACCGCACAAGGUUUCCUCGUACAUCACUGAAAAACUAAGUGUACCCACAAUUGGCAUAGGUGCUGGUCUUGGCGUGAGUGGUCAAGUUUUGGUGCAGUCUGAUGUUCUGGGAAUGGCCCCUCACACAGUGCCCAAAUUGGCACGCAAAUAUGGAGAUUUACACUCUCAAAGCGUUGGGCUAAUUCGGCAAUACGCCAACGAUGUCACUGCACGGACAUUUCCUGACAACAGCAAGAAUGGUUUCAAGAUAAAAGACGUAGUAUGGGCUGAGUUUUUAGAGCGGGUCUCCUGCAGUAACGCGAAAUGA